GAGUUCUUGACGCCAGUAGAAACGUUUCUUUCGCGAGUCGCAGUGUCUCUAGGUCAGGUCUUCUUCGGAUUUCGGUUGGAGAUUUGAAUGAUAGAAGAGUGUGCACUCUCUGUGAUUUUGUAUUUUUUUUGUUUGGAGACUGUCGGAGGACUUUGUUUGGUUUAUCUUUGUGACAGCGGGACUGAAAAUCGAAAACUCCCGUACCAGUGACGUCAUCUGUCAUCGCUUCUUUCAAAUAUGUGAAUAAACAUGGCGACUACCGACAGCGGCACGGAAACCCUCUUUUCGGAUGACUCGCCCUGUAGGGAUUUGGGCCGCUCGCCCAGCGUCUGUUCUGGAUAUGGGGCGGAAGGACGCCCUAGAGAAGCUGGAUUGGCGCCUCCCAAUAUCCAGCCUCAUAGUGGCGUUCUCGAGAAUGGCAAGGUAGUAAUUCGGCCAAUCGCUUUCAAGCCUUCUACCAUGAGUCACGGUGGGAGAUUCGGAUUGGCUGGAGAAAGGUAUGGCUCUACUCCAAUCUUGACAAGGCCCGGAUCCAGGCUGACGUUGUACGGAAGCAGCAACGACAUCCACCAACAAGCCUACAGUAUGACCAAUUACUCGCUGGACAGAAAACUGCGAUCUUCUGGCCAUUCGACAACGUCUUCUCCACCGUUGGCAACCAGUUCUCUCUCCUCUCUCCCCCACAGCAAACUGAUCAGCUACGACAGCUUGGAAAGCGUCCGGAAAUCGCCGAUAUCCAAUGCCGAUAGUUCCUUAACCAACAAACCUUCCUACCACAUGCUGAUCUCUGGCUCGAACGAAGGCAGUCUAAUGGACCUAACGCCUUCUCCUUCCGAUUCCGGUGUUUCUGAGCUGGAAGCAGCCCUCAGAGACCGCGAUUCUGAGCUGGCUUACCUGAGACAAACGAUGGAGCACAAUGAGCAGGUGAUCUUCAGAGUAUACCAGGAGAAGGAGAAGGUUUGGGAAAGGGAGCUGAAGCGUCUGAAAAACGUACAGGACAGCAGACUGAGGACGAGUGCUCAGAAAGUCGUGAAGCUGGAGCAGAUGCUGAUGAUGCAGACGUACCAGCAGCAGCAGGAGAAGAAGAGGUUGUGCGCAGACGUGCAGAGGUCGAAUUUGCAGUGCGACAGGUUGCUGCAGGAGGUGUCAGAGCUCAGGGGUCGCUUGGAGGAGACGGAAUGGGGGCUGUGCCAGAAGACUGGGGAAAUAUCUUUGCUCAAAACUCAACUCAAGGAGUUCCAGAAUGAUCACGUCAACAAGUGCCAAGAGCUUCUUCAACUCCGCUCUGAUCACCGCGAGCUGACACACCAUUUGGAAGAACGAAACAACCAAAUCGAAGACUUGAAAUGCUCUAACGCCUCUAAAAACGAAGAGAUCCUUCAGCUCAAAGGAGAACUAGCAAGGCUGAGCAACAAAGCUCCAGAACAAUACGACUCUCUCGAAUCAGGAAGGAAAUCCUACGGAGACUCAGAUGACCUUGAAACGGAAAUUAAGGGACUGAGACAUAAGCUGUCGGAUGCUAGUAUCAAUGAUUACAGUAGCGUAGAGCCAGGGUACCGAGGACCUUUUAUAUCCCAAGAGGACUCUUUGGAAGACUUGGAGAUCCAAAAAUUGAAUGGCUUGAGCAAUCAGCAAGACGGUUUUUUCGAGAUAGAAAGGCUCCGCCAGGCUCUGGUGACGAAGACUCAGCAGUUCGAGAGGGAACGGUCGACUUGGGCUCAGGAAAAGGAGAAAGUGCUGAAGUAUCAGAGACAGCUGCAGCUGAACUACGUUCAGAUGUUCAGGAGGGCUAGGGCGCUAGAAUCAGAGAUACAAAAUUUGUCCAUAGAGUUCGAAUUCGAUAAAACAGGACCGGAGAAGAAUGUGGAUUCGUCACAUAAUGUACAUUAAUGUGCACUUAACUUUUUCUUGUAUAGCAUUGAAGCUAUAAUUUGAAGUUAAAAGUUAUUGUGCUUUGUUGUUGUUUUUUUGUACAAUUGAGAGUGAGUCGCCACCCACCAUGUGUUAACUAUCAAUAUUUUCACAUUCGCCUUUGUAUUAGUGAUUCGACUACCCAUGUGAUUUUUCUUCAUUAUUUAUUUUAUGCACUGUAAAUAAGACUUCCUUAUUACUUACAUAUUAACAUGAUACUUUACCAACGUUAUUUUCGAAGUAGUGUAGCUUAUUUGUAAAUAUUUAUUCAUGACAUAGUACACAAUAAAUGUUAAUUUUAUUAU